AUGGUGUGCGACACCCUGACGUCCUCAUCUGUCAUCUGCACAUCCAGUGUGACGACCACUGCCAUUCCCUCCUUGCUGACGUUGGUAUUUGCCUUUGCGUUUGGACCAAGUAGGACUCUGACCCUGACACCCACAAGUUUCACCACCGUGAACACAACCACCUUGGCCUCGACCAAAGCUAAAGGCACAGUGACUGCAGCCGCCCUCGACCCAAGCACAAAACAAACGGUGGCGUCGCCAUCUGUCCCCAUCGUAGAUGCACCCCUGCCACCACCAUCACCGUCCCCUCCAGCUCCACGCAGCCCAAUGAUCACCAGUCCCUCACCCGGGGCGUCGCCACCACCUCCAAGAAUGCACCCCCCUCCUCCACGCAAUCCUCCCCCCUUUCCCACCUAG